GUAGUGUGCCAUCGCAGAAAGAAUUUGGACGUCGCGCGUUAUGUCGCGUACGAUGGCGUAUCACGUGAUCGUUGCGACGCGUGGUGGACGUGCGACGCGGUUCGGCGCCUCCCGUCCCACUCGGUGGCCAGGGCUCCUGAGUUAGCAAGGUCUCAUUGCCAGUUUUCCCCCUUGUCUUCCACAGUUCUUUCUUGCAUCAUGCGAGAUGAAAGAUACCACCGCAUCCUUGUGCGUACGAGUAAAUCAGAUUGACCAUACGCUUGCACAAGCGGGUCCAUUGGAUAACACCACGCUCCCUCGCGUACCUAUUAUCAGAAUAUACGGGGAAGCCUCUAAUGGUCAAAAGGCAUGUAUACAUGUCCAUCAAGUAUACCCAUACUUUUUCGUGGAAUACCCGGGCAAGAUGAACCCUAACGAUGUCAAUCACUACAUCUCGAAGCUAAAUUAUUCUCUAAAUCAUGCUAUUGCCCUUUCUUUUAAGCGAGAUCCACGCUCACCAAAAUCUCAGUUCAUUCGUGCAGUCGUGCUCGUGAAAGGGGUACAUUUCUAUGGCUUUCAUUCAUCAUAUUCCCCUUUUCUCAAGGUUCACAUCGCCGACCCAGCAUAUAAAAGCCGUGCGGUAGCCAUCCUGCAGUCCGGAACCGUCAUGAGGACCAGAUUUCGUGUGUAUGAAAGCCAUCUCAGCUAUCCUCUUCAAUUCUUAUGCGACUUUGGGCUCUAUGGGUGCGGAUGGAUGGAUCUCGGCGAGAUCUGGCAGCGAGGCCGAGAGGAAGAGACCAAAUCUGCGCACGAGGGUGAAGGCGAAGGGAAGCCACCCGUCUUUCGGACCUCACCGCAUCCUCGCCAGUCUCGCAUGCCUCUCGAAGUCGACGUCAUCGCUCAUCAGAUUCUGAACCGGCGGUUGCUGUCAGCUCGUAACAUUCACCACAAGUUGCAAACUCCUGCUCCUCCCCUUCCUCCCGAACCUCUCGUGCUCAGCGUACGCGAGCUUUGGGAAGAUGAACGCCGCCGCCGUAUCGCGAAAGGUCUUACACCCUCUCCGGAAAUCCCCAAGGAUCCUAGUGCAGACUCGAGAGUAACGAGCAGGGAAUGGGUAGCGGAAGCAAGGUGGUGGGAAGAAGUUAGGAGGAGGAUCGAGAGAGAAGGAGAAAUGGAGAAGACCCCGCGAAGUGAUACAGGCUGGGAGCGGUGGGUCAUGACGACGUUCGAGAGCAUAGAAUCACUUUGGGAGAACAAAUGGAAGAUGUGGAAGCCAUCUAGACCGCAAGAUAGUGAAAGCGGAGAAGGCGCGAAGACAUCGGCUGCGGACAAUCCCUAUGCACCAACGCAAUCAAGCCAGUCAUUGAGUUCACAAAUUUCCAAGCAAGCAGAUGAGCACGAAAUUGAUGUGGAUGAGACACUGCUUUUCAGCCAGGCCAUUGAUGAGUUAUAUACUGAAGGUUGGGAACAGCAGCCCGAAGGUGACGCAAUUGAUGGUGGAAGAGCGGAGGAAGAGCUCGCAGCUGAAUCAUUUCCGGCGGAAAAUGAAAUCGGCCAUGCUUCCGAUCAGAAAAAAAGAAACAGUCUUCUGAACGGUUCUUCGACUCCAAAGCGGCCCAAUCCGUUCGGAGAGGCUUGGCGUAAACUCACACGUGCGGACCAAUCUGAUGCUCACCGUUCGACAUCUGUCCUGUCGGAGGCUCCAACUCCAACCCCACCAAGAAGGGAGGAUGUUGUCGAAUACUGGGGUGAUUCGCUUCCGACGACACCCGUGAAACCACGACCUCAAAUUCGACCUAUUGAAGAGGGCAGUGUCUUAUCUCCCACCAGACCUGCUCGACCGACGAACCUAGCAAAGCCAACCAACCCAACGAAACCAUCGCGGUCAAAGGGUGAAUCAUCGGGCAUAAGCAUUGAUUUGCACAUCGCAAGUUACAACACGAUUCCAUUGCUGUCCCACAUGAAGCAGCGAAUUGAUGUCCCAUCCACAAUGGACGCGGUGUCGUCCGAGUCGGAUGCUCUCAACCUACAGAAUAAGAAGCGGCGACAUUCUCAUACUUCAGACGAUGAAGGCGCUGAAACUCACCAUCCACUCAAGCGGCGUAGGAAGAAUCAUGUGGAUGAUGUCCUUUCAUCAUCUUCAGCUACCUCGUUGUCACUGGAGUCUUCCGCAUCGUUAACGCGGAGAUCGUUGCAGGAUACCAGUUCUAACCGGUCACCAGUCCCUUCAUUGCGUCGACGACGACAUAAUUUAUACGUCUAUGCUUAUCUUCCUCCAUCCGCGGCAGAAUUGUCUGCAAGCGUUGAUGAUUUUGCCAUUCCCAGCAAAGUCUACAUCGAUCCGCAUUAUUCGAGGGCCAGCGACGCGCCCGAAAGACCAAGGGAGUACGCUGGGCUGGUGUUCAACUUGAAGGGUGGGAAGGGAUUGAGCGUCCUUGAAGAUUGGGACAGCGGUUCUAAUGGUCCAUCUUCCGCUUCGCUGGUGUCGAGUAGUCCAACACUUUCCAAUUCUAGUCGCAUACAUGGUUGGGAGUAUGCCAGCUGUCCGCCGUCUGCUAAGGAAGUACGGCAAUGGUUGCGUGACCAUCCAAGGACGCACAAUUCAGCGCCAACGUCUGUUAAGAAGCACUCUCAGAUCGAUGGUUCAACUCAAGCGAACCCAUAUGGGCUGAAGGGAAGCCCUCUCAAACCGGCAGAAAGUGCGAUUCGUGAACGACAGAAUAUGAGCUUGUUCUCGCUCGAAGUAUUUGCACCAUCUAGGGAGGGACGCUUGCCAGAUCCUGCGGAAGAUGAGGUUCUUGCUAUUUUCUACGCAUAUCAAGACUCUGCAGAUAUCGCGGACCGAGGGAGCGCAGGCUUCGCGUGCGAGACUGGCAUGAUUGUUGUCGAAGGUGAUCAAGUCAACCCGCGCAGGUUACAGAGCGUACGGAUGGACGCCGUCAACAGCGAGCUUGACCUGUUGAAUCACCUCAUCGAUUUAGUCUGGGCUCUCGAUCCUGAUAUCGUCGUCGGUUGGGAGGUGCAGUCUGCAUCCUGGGGAUACCUGAGUGCGCGAGCAUCUACUUAUGGGCUUGACAUUGGGGAGCAGAUCUCAAGAGCCCCCGGUCGACAUAGCGGUGGAUCAGAUCAAUGGGGGAUGCGUAUGACAUCGACUUUCCAGGCUGUCGGUCGGCACGUACUGAACGUUUGGCGAAUCAUGCGCGCCGAACAGAACUUCACUAGUCACUCUUUUGAGCAUGUUGUCUUUCAACUUCUCCGUAGACGGACUCCUCGAUACUCCGCGAAGACGUUGACAGAGUGGUACCAUAGUCCUCAUCCGUACCAAACGGCUAAUCUCCUACGAUACUUCUCCAUCCGCGCUGUUACGGUGUUGGAAAUCCUUGACGUUGCAGAGGUUGUGACGAAGAAUGCAGAAUUUGCUCGCAUUUUCGGAGUGGAUUUUUUCUCGGUCCUCAGUCGCGGCUCGCAGUUCAAAGUAGAGUCGUUCAUGUUCAGAAUCGCCAAGCCGGAGAGUUUUGUACUGCUAUCGCCGAGCAAGCAGGAUGUCGGAAAGCAAAAUGCGGCUGAAUGCAUGCCCUUAAUCAUGGAGCCGCUCUCGGCUUUCUACAAUAGCCCCCUUGUAGUUUUAGACUUUCAAUCUCUGUAUCCAUCUAUCAUGAUCGCCUACAACUACUGUUACUCUACUUGUCUCGGUCGUGUAUCUGAUUUCAAGGGACAAAACAAAUUCGGCGUCACGGAGUUGCAUCAACCGCCGGGCUUGCUGGAGUCUCUACAAGAUCAUAUUAUUGUCGCACCUAAUGGUAUAAUGUAUGUGAAACCCGAGGUCCGCAAGGGGUUGCUCGGCAGGAUGCUGACGGAAUUACUGGAAACGCGAGUAAUGGUGAAGCAAGCAAUGAAGGGAGUGAAGGAUGACAAGGCCCUCAGAAGGGUCCUUGACGCACGUCAAUUGGGUCUCAAAUUCAUCGCCAACGUCACUUAUGGUUACACAAGCGCCACUUAUUCCGGUCGAAUGCCGGCUGUAGAGAUCGCGGAUAGUAUUGUCCAAAGUGGUCGUGAAACUCUGGAGGAGGCAAUACGCGUGAUUGAUUCGACCAAGAAAUGGGGCGCCAAAGUAGUUUACGGCGACACAGACUCACUGUUUGUGUACCUCCCUGGCAAGACUAAGGAGCAAGCGUUCCGAAUCGGCUACGAGAUGGCAGAAACGAUCACUGCGUCGAACCCUGUUCCGGUAAAACUCAAGUUCGAAAAGGUUUACCUUCCCUGCGUGCUCAUGGCGAAGAAACGCUACGUGGGUUUCAAGUUUGAGAAUCCAGAUGACAAGGAACCGGUGUUCGACGCGAAGGGGAUUGAGACCGUCCGUAGAGAUGGGAUCCCGGCUCAGCAGAAGAUGGUGGAGGCGUGCCUUAAAAUUCUCUUUAGGACUCAAGACCUCAGCAAGGUCAAGGAUUAUUGUUGUAACACCUGGGCGAAGAUACUCGAAGACAGGGUCUCCGUGCAAGACUUCAUCUUUGCAAAGGAGGUCAAGAUGGGCACAUACAGCGACAAAGUCCCACCGCCGCCGGGUGUCACAGUCGCUGCACGACGUAUGGUGGAAGAUCCUGCUGACGAGCCUCAAUACGGAGAACGUGUACCGUACAUCAUCGUCCGCGGCGACCCUGAUAGCAGGGUAGUAGACAGAGCCGUAGCUCCUGAGGCUCUCCUGAACGACAGCCAGAAGCACCUGGAUGCGACGUAUUACAUAUCCAGAGUGUUGAUCCCGCCUCUCGAACGCAUAUUCAACCUCGUCGGCGCAGAUGUCAGAAGCUGGUAUGACGAAAUGCCGAAGACGAUACGAGCGGAUCAUGCGGAUUCGUUGUUGAUUUCACCACGGAAGGCGAACAAGGACUCUAACGGACCCGGCACGCUGAAGAUUGACUAUCAUUUUCUCAGCUCGAAUUGCAUCGUAUGCGGUGCCCUCACACCAGAAGGUUUGUGUGAAGACUGUCGUGCCGAUCCUCAACCGACAAUUACCGAGCUUCUGUCCCGGGUACGGACGACCGAGAGCCGACUAUGGAAUGUUCAAACGGUCUGCGGCUCCUGCUGCGGAACGGCCACCGCUGAACCCAUCAAGUGCGAAUCGUUGGACUGUCCGUGGCUGUUUGAGCGGAAGAAGAUCGAGCACAGGGCAGAAGCGCUCGUCGCCAUUGAAGAUCUGGUGAGGCAGCUUGAGAUAGGCGACGACGGUUUCGCAGGGGAUGACGGAUGAGAUGGUCUUUUGUUGACGUCGAUGAUAUAUAUCAUCGUUUGUUUUCGGGUCGAAAGCAUGUUGACAAGAAAUACAUGAUACAGAUUGGUUAUACAUCCUUAUUAAGCUCU